AUGGCGUUCCACGCGCACCUCGGCCUCCCGAAUAUUGCGGCUGUGACCUCCGACCUGUGGCCGUCAGUGUCAAAUGUGCUCUCGGCGCCAUGGGGAGGCCGCCAGGCAGCUGUCUCCGGCUCGCGUGCGUACCAUGCGUCAUCGGUAGGAAACCCGGAGCAGACGGCGCGGAAGGAUACGCCUCGCUCGGCUCCGGUCACCUUGCCUGACGGACUCGGAGUAGAUAUGCUCAGAGCAGCCACGGAACAGAACCUCGCCCUACGCCACCAGUCGUCCCCCCUAGCGGUGCUCCUACAGGGUAGCCGUGCAGCUAGUUUCAGCUCGCAGCUCUCUCGAAUUGCAACAACAAGACGCCACCAUUCAACUCUAUCCUUCGCACAGUUCAACCGUCCGUCUCCCAUCCCCAAACCAACCGGCCUCUCUCCGCUCCAAUGCCAAAGAUACCUCUUCGGCGGAUCGUCACAGGAUGUCCUCGCGCGUAUGGAAAGAUCUGCAAACAACAACCCCGGCAGUGCCGCCGCACAGAACUCUUUCUACAACGCGCUAUUAAAAGCAAACAUGCCAGGAAUUAUAAUUGAACGGUACCGCAGUGGAAAAUUCGCUAGUAACAGCCUGUCUGAAGCCGUCUAUACUAAGGCACUUCAGAACGUUGGUGGUGGAGGUGAUCCGGCAGUCGCCCACGGACAACAGCAGCACUUCAACCCCGCAAACCCCAAUUUGAGUUCUGAUCAGCUCCAGGCUAUCGGCCAGGCGGUAGCUGCUCGCUCCCACGGUGGUCAAAUCGGAAUAUCUAACAAGAAUAGCGGCACAGGAGCCAAAGAUACCCCUCUCUACGUUGUUGUCGAUGAGUCUCUCGGUAGCUCCAUCUUCCGCUGGGUUAGGUUCUUUCUAUUUUUCGGCUUCAUCACGUAUUUCUCGCUUCUCCUUGUCACCGUCUUUGUUGAGACUACUGGUAUUAUGAAGAAUGUCCGAGGCUCGCAGACCAACGAAGCCAAGCCUGAACAUCAAACUGUCCGAUUCAGUGAUGUUCACGGCUGCGAUGAGGCAAAGGAUGAACUUCAAGAGCUUGUCGAGUUCCUCUCUAACCCUGACCGAUUCUCCUCUCUAGGUGGAAAACUCCCCAAAGGUAUACUUCUCGUUGGACCCCCCGGAACCGGUAAAACUCUACUUGCCAGAGCUGUUGCCGGAGAAGCAGGCGUUCCCUUCUUCUAUAUGUCCGGAUCUGAGUUUGACGAGAUUUAUGUCGGUGUUGGAGCUAAGCGUGUUCGUGAACUGUUUACUCAGGCCCGUGCCAAAGCACCAGCUAUCAUCUUCAUUGACGAGCUUGAUGCCAUCGGUGCCAAGCGAAACGAACGGGAUGCAGCAUACGUUAAACAGACCCUUAAUCAGCUUCUGACCGAGCUCGACGGUUUCUCCCAGACAAGUGGUGUUAUCAUUAUUGCGGCAACUAACUUCCCGGAACUCCUUGACAAAGCGCUAACUCGACCCGGCCGAUUCGACAGAAAGGUUAACGUCAAUCUCCCCGAUGUCCGCGGCCGUGUUGACAUUCUGAACCACCACAUGAAGAACAUUCAGGUCAGCACUGAAGUCGACGCCACUGUCAUUGCCCGUGGAACUCCGGGCUUCUCUGGCGCUGAUCUUGAGAAUCUCAUUAACCAAGCUGCUAUCCGUGCCAGCAGGGACAAGAAGGCCAAAGUCGGCCCCGAAGACUUUGACUAUGCCAAGGACAAGAUCUUGAUGGGUGCUGAGGCUCGCAACCGCAUGCUUAGGGAUGAAGAUAAGCUCAAGACAGCCUACCAUGAAGCCGGACACGCCCUUGUUGCUUAUUUCUCGCCUGAUGCCAUGCCGCUUUACAAGAUCACCAUUGUUCCUAGAGGAAUGUCGUUGGGAACCACUCAUUUCUUGCCUGAGAUGGACAUUGUCUCGAAGGAUUACACUGAGUAUAUUUCUGACAUCGAUGUCUCUAUGGGUGGCCGGGCGGCCGAAGAACUUAUAUAUGGACCCGACAGAGUUUCCAGCGGUAUCUCAGGUGACAUUCGAAGCGCAACGCAAACUGCCUUUACCUUGGUGACACAGUACGGUUACUCUAAAAAGUUAGGCAACGUCGACUUGAACACGGGAUACAACAAGCUCUCCGCUUCAACAAAGCAGGAAAUUGAGAAUGAGGUGCGCCGUUUGGUUGACGAAGCCAGCGCCCGCGCCUCUGCUAUCUUGAAGGAGCAUCGCCAUGAACUCGAGCUCCUAACAAAGGCCCUGAUCGAAUAUGAGACCCUAACCAAAGAAGAAAUGGAGAAGGUACUCAAAGGCGAAAAGCUCGACAAGCUAUUGCUACCUUCCAAGACACCGAUAAAGCUGCCGGAAGCCCUGACUACCGUCCAUAUAAAUCCCGUCACUGGAAGUACCUCCACCUCAAAGUGA